AAUAAAAACAAUUGCAUUUUCCGCUCGGCGGUCGAUGUGUUUGGCCUAGCAAAAACAUUUGGGCUGCGGACACCAGAGCAAUAGAUUGUAAACACGGAAGUUGCCCCAACGGACGCGAUGUUACUGAUGGAGAGGAGUCAAAAGAGUUGUAAAUUACGGAAACAUAUUUGAUCAGGUCUAGUGUUGGAUGGUGUGCCUGUGUGCAUACACCCGGGCUGUGGAGUGGUAGGAGGAAGCUUGCAGCUGCUGUCACUGUCAGCAGGUUGAUGUCCUCGGGCUGUCGGCCCAAGACAUCUAACACCCCGCCUGCCUCUGCAUCCCACUGUAUGGGUGACACGUCGGGCGUUGUCAUGUCAGGCCACACCUCGGAGCGGGCUCUCUAUGCCUCAGAGCAGCACGCACGUCUGCUACUGGCCCAGAUGAACAAGAUGCGCCUCCGCACAGACUUCUGCGACGUGCGGCUGUGUGUCGGCGGCCGCGUCUUCGGGGUGCACAGGCUGGUGCUGGCUGCCAGCGGGCCCUAUUUCGCAGCACUCUUUUCAGGGGCGAUGAGUGAGGCCCACGAGGAAGAGGUGCGGAUAGAGGGCGUGGAGGCCGAGGUGUUUGAGAAGCUGCUGGAGUUUGUGUAUACAGGCUCCAUUGAUGUGACAGUAGACAAUGCGCAGGAGCUGAUGGUGGCAGCAGACAUGCUGCAGCUGAGCGAGGUGGUGGCCAUCUGUGGGGAGUUCCUUCGAGGGCAGAUGGACGCCACCAACUGUGUCGGGUUCUUCCAGUUCCUGGAACAGAUUGCCUGCAUGGACCUGCUCGAGUUCACAGAAAACUUCAUUCAUGUUCACUUUCUUGAGGUGUGCACAGCCGAGGAGUUCCCCAACCUGACUAAGGACCAGCUGGUGAAGCUGCUGCGCAGUGAGGAGCUGCGGAUUGAGGAUGAGUACCAGGUCUUCACAGCCGCCAUGGACUGGGUUCUACAGGACGUGGCCCGCAGGAAGAAGCACGUGGUGGAGGUGCUGGAUGCGGUUCGCUUCCCCCUUCUGUCGCCGCAGAGGCUGUUCAAAUACAUUGAGGGUGUUUCUGACUUCAGCCUGCGGGUGGCGCUGCAGACUCUCCUGAAAGAUUACACCGAGGUCUCCAAAUCCCCAAAGGAGAACAAGAUCUUCAGCCUUCUGCAGCCAGCCAAAACCAGACCCAGGAGAAAAGCCCGGAAGUACCUCUAUGCUGUUGGAGGGUACACGCGUCUGCAGGGCGGGCGCUGGAGUGAUAGUCGAGCGCUGAGCUGUGUAGAGCGCUUCGACUCCUUCAGUCAGUACUGGACCACAGUCUCCUCCCUCCACCAGGCUCGCAGCGGCCUGGGAGUCGUUGUGCUCGAGGGAAUGAUCUACGUGGUGGGAGGGGAGAAGGACUCGAUGAUAUUUGACUGCACUGAGAGGUACGACCCAGUGACCAAACAGUGGGCUGCAGUGGCCUCGCUGAAUUUCCCACGCUGUGGAGUGGGUGUUUGCCCGUGCCACGGAGCACUGUAUGCAUUAGGUGGUUGGAUUGGUUCAGAAAUUGGCAAGACCAUGGAGAGGUAUGAUCCUGCCGAGAAUAAGUGGGAGGUCAUAGGAACCAUGGCAGUACCUCGCUACUAUUUUGGCUGCUGUGAGUUGCAAGGCUUCAUCUACGUGAUCGGCGGCAUCAGUGAUGAGGGGACGGAGCUGCGCUCGGCAGAGGUGUACGACCCCAUCUCACGCCGCUGGAGCGCGCUGCCCGUCAUGGUGACCCGCCGUGCAUACGUGGGCGUGGCCAGCCUCAACAACUGCGUCUACGCGGUGGGCGGCUGGAACGAGGCCCUGGGCUCACUGGAGACUGUGGAGAAAUACUGCCCUGAGGAGGAGAAGUGGGUGGAGGUGGCUCCCAUGUCAGUGGCGCGUGCUGGAGUGACGGUGGCAGCGGUGAACGGACUGCUUUACGCGGUCGGUGGACGCGUGUCCAGCAGAGACUUCUCGGCGCCGGUGACCGUGGACUCGGUGGAGAUCUACGACCCCCACUUGGACACCUGGACAGAAAUAGGCAACAUGAUCACCAGCAGAUGCGACGGGGGUGUGGCUGUGCUUUGAGAGGCCUCCGUGCCUGUGGGAACUUGGGACUUGAGACGGACUGACUGAUUGCACACAGCUAAAGGAUACAAGGAUGUGAGGCCUAUCAGAGGAUGGGUCCUUGUGAAAACCAGCAGACAAAACCAGUCCUUCAUGACUAUUUGGUGCACCAGUUUUAUCAGAGACCUGCAGCACUUAAAUAUCAAACAUUUCAUUUGAGAGCCUUUCGCAUUCAACAGGAUCUUCACUGAACUGUAGUGUUGCCCUCAUGUCUGACUGAUAGCCGUUUACAUGAGACAGUAGAACCUUCAUCUCAAAAUAAUGCCAGGCUAUUUAAACUUUGUAUUUUAUUAGACGUCUACAUUUUGUGUAUUGUCUCACUGAUAGACAAAUGCUUUAUUCCGUCUCUAAUGUCAAACCCUGAAAUGAACUUUAAAAAAAAAUACAGGGUCUCUCUGAAGGCUUAACACCAUGACAACUUAGUUUAGGAGGUUGCCUGUUGUGAAAACACAUUACAGCACGUCAUACCUAAAAUGCUGUUGAUUGGUGCGAAUCUAACCUUUCACAUAAAACAUUUCAGCUAGUUUAGAAUCACUUAGAAAUACAUCUUCUCACAUUGUGGAGACUCAGCGAAUGCGUUGAAUGUUACAAUAAUGGAGUGGUUGGUGUGCAACGGUGCACCUGUCGGAUGAAUUUAAAUAAUAUUUUGGACCACCA